AUGUCGUAUGCAUUGGACAGUGACUCCUUUCUUAAUGCGUUCUACAGGAUGGCUAGUAGACGAGGGUUACCCAAAGAAAUUCUUUCAGAUAAUGGCACAAAUUUCAUUGGCGCUGCAAAUGAACUGAAACAGCUUGUUGCUCAACUGGAUACAGACAAAGUUAAGUCAUCAUUGGCCAAUAGAGGGGUGAUCUGGAAGUUAAAUCCUCCUCAUGCUCCCAACUUCGGUGGAGUGUUUGAGUCAAUGAUUAAGGCUGCCAAGCGAGCAAUAUAUGCCAUUCUGGGAUCUGGAGAUAUAACAGAUGAGGAGCUGGUGACAGCGUUUGUUGGUGCUGAAGGUCUAAUAAACUCCCGCCCUUUGACAUAUCAAAGUGCUCAGCCACAUAAUGACGUGCCUUUGACACCAAAUCAUUUUUUACAUGGUCAAAGUGGGGGGGUAUUUGCUCCGGAUUCUGUGGAUGUCACGGCUUACAGUCCGAUGAAGAGGUGGAGAAGAGUACAGGACCUUGUGCGUCAUGUCUGGAGGCGCUGGAUGAAGGAGUGGUUGCCAUCAUUACAGACAAGAAGGAAAUGGUUUUCACCCAGCCGUGAUCUACAAGUGGAUGAUGUGGUUACCAUUAUAUCACCAGAAGCACCUCGAGGAAGUUGGAAGCUUGGGAUCAUCACAAGGACAUAUCCAGGAACAGAUGGCCACGUGAGAGUUGUGGACAUUAAAACAGACAAAGCCAUAGUUACUAGACCAGUUACAAAAGUAUGUCCUUUGGAAUGGACAGAUGGAACAAAGCAGACAACCGGAUGGAACAGAACAGACAACAGGAUGGAACAGAACAGACAACAGGAUGGAACAGAACAGACAACAGGAUCGAAAACAGAGGAUGGAACAGAGAAAAGGACUGAAUAG